AUGACAGCUAUAGAAAAGAUGGUAAGCAUGGACUUGCUUUGUAGUGAUAAGACGGCAACUUUGCCUCUUAAUAAGUUCACUGUCGAUAAGAAUCUUAUAAAAGUUAUAUACCGGGUUUUUCCUAAAAGUGUUGACACAGAUACUGUUGUUCUCAUAGCAACCCGAGCCUCUCAAACACAAAACCAGGAUGCAAUAGACGCUGCUAUACUUCGGUUGCUGACUGAUCCAAAAGAGGUAGCAUUCUACCUUAGUAGAAUGUUCGGCUUUGUCAUGCUGAAGCAUCACAUCCAAAAUAACUACUUCGCUAGCCAUGUUCCCACGUGGUUUAAAGCACUUCAUACAGUUCUUGAUGAUUUAAAAGACUUCAUACAGUUCUUUGUUGAUUUCGCAAAUUCAUUUGCCUUUGUGAUGUUAAGGGCUACUGUUAGGAACCAGAUUAUAAAGAAGGAGGGUUUUAUGCUUGGAAAGCCCCCUUUCUGCACACGGAGACACCAGAGCCCUCAUGUCUUCGCCAUCGUGCUUGUUGUGCACGGAGACAUUAGCGUGGACCAAAGUGCCUCCUUGCUGGUGCCAUGCCAGCGUGCCUCCGUGCAUGAGAAUGAGUGCCUCCUUGCUGGUGUCGUGCCAGCGUGCCUCCGUGCAUGA